GCCGCCGUCCGUGCGCGCGGCUCCGCCCGCCCCGGCCCGGCCCCGGUCUAAGCCUGGCCCGCCGGGAGACCGGGAAGAGCCUGCCCAGCGGAAUUCGGCGGGACUGGAGCCACCGGCCACAGGGGACCAUGGGCGGGCGGGCAGGGCCAGGGCACCGCGCGGGACCCCGGGGAUCCCCGACAUCACCUGGCGAGCGGCUCACCUGUCCCCGCAGGGGCCGCCGGGAACUGUGGUCUGAGUGAGAGGCCCUGGGGUCAGCGGGGGACAGCGGCAAAGGUCCCGGGGGGCCCUGACUCCGCGCGGCCCGGCCCCUCCCCGCCGACCUCCGAGCCCCCCCCCCCCCGUGGCGCCCCCGAGCUCUGCGCGGGGUCGAGGAGGACGGGGGUCCGCAGCCACGUCAGUGAAGCCCCCGGACUCAGUUUCCCCAAGUUCCAAAAAGCGAAGGCACCCCACUGCACUUCCCGAGCCACCCCCUUCCCAGGCCGGGGGCUGUGCCAGUGAGAUAAAGCCGUCCGCAGCUCCGCGAAAAUCGGGGAACCCUCACCCCCACCCCGAGGCAAGGCCCCGAGUUAUCGUCCCUCCCCGUGUCCGCCGGGCGGGGUCGCCGCGGGUUAUCUGGCGACAGCCCCGGGCACUUCUCGGCCAGGCGAGGAGCAGGGGUCCCCGCGGCGAGCCCCUCCCCCGGGGCCGCGCCCCCACAAGCCGACGCCCGGACUUCCCAGAUGAGAAUACUGGGGCCCCGGGCCCGCACCCCGCAAGCCCGGGGGUGGGGAGAGGCGCCCCCGGCCGCGAGGGGGGAGUCUGGGCCGCUGCCUGGGAGACGCGACCGCGAACUCGUGAACUUGGCACGGGGUGGCGCCCGGGGCCGUGGCGGGAAGUUCAGAAAUAGCGCCGAGGGUUUCUGCAAAGCCGGAGCCCGCGGCCCCGGCCUAGGCCGUGUGCCCCGCGCCCUCGGGGGCGACCUGCGGCGGGCAGAUAAGGGGGCGCCCGGGGGCCGCCCCAGCGCGGAGAGCGGGGGGCGAGCGGGCCUCCCGGGCUGCGGCAGCGCGGGCGCCGAGGCAGACGCGCGCCCCGCGCAGUCGGGGCCCCCCACCUGCGCGCUGCGCCCCCGGCCGCAGGAGGCGGCGCCCGGCCUCGGAGGGGAGCAGAGGAAACUGCGGGCGGGGGCAGGAAGGAGGGAGGGAGCGAGCCGGCGGCGCGGGGAGCGGGGUUCCUGUCUGCUGACCCCUCCCCCUCAGCUCCCGCGCUGCGCGGCCGGAGCCGGUGCCCCCAGGACCCGUCCUCAGGUGAAGGGGAUGCGGAGGGGGCAGGAGGCGAGGGUGAGGGGCGCGGGGGGGUGUCCCUGGUCCUGUUCCCACGCCUGGCCUGGGCUCAACCUCAUCUGCACCGAAGCCGGGAGGGGUCCCGGGGUUCCCGCAGCCAGAGCGCCCCAGGGGGCAGGAUCUGGGGGCCCCCGGUGUCCAGCGGGCCAGUGGCCAGGGCAGGGGGGAGCAAAGAAGGGGGAGUCCCUGCGGGGGCCUUGGAAGGCUGGGGGCGCAGGGAGCGGGUGGGGGUGCAGCAGACCUCGGCUUGGGGGCAGACCCAGCUUGCCGGGCCGGGGGCCUCGCACCCCACGUGGCAGGUGGGGGACUGAGCCCCCGGCCCCUGAGCGGUGCAGCGGGACCGAGCCCAGACCCGGGUGCCAGCAGGCUGCCUUCUUUUUCCGUUUCUGGGUCGCCACAGCCAGGACCUCGAUCGAAGCCGGCUCCCCCCGGCCGCCGGGAUGUCGUGGUCGGGGCCGGAGCCGGGGCCGGAGCCCGCGGCCGAGGCGCUGUGGGAGCAGGAGCUGGCCCGGCUCUGCGCCUCCCGCGUGCCCCUGCGGGCGCUGCCCUACGCCAUGGUGGACAAGCGGCUGAUCCGGCGGCUGCGGGAGCCCCAAGGCGUGAAGACCUCGAGGUGGCGGCAGUGGCAGCGCCGGCGGCGGAGGGCUGCGCGGCGCCUGGGGGAGGCGGCCCGGCGGCUGUCCCGCGGCUUGGGGCUCUGGGAGGGGGCGCUCUACGAGAUCGGGGGGCUCUUUGGCACCGGUGUCCAGGCCUACUUCACCUUCCUCCGCUUCCUGCUCCUACUCAACCUGCUGACCCUGCUGGUGACCGCCAGCUUCGUGCUGCUGCCCCUGGCCUGGCUCCACCCCCCUGACCCAGGCCCUGCCCUGAACCUGACCCUGCAGUGCCCCAGCGGCCACCAGCACCACACCGGCCUUCCGAGGUUCCACAAUCAGUUUUGGAACGUGUUGAGUGGCAGGGCCUUCAACAACACCUAUCUCUUCUACGGUGCGUACCGGGCCGGCCCCGAGCGGCACUCGGCCUACAGCAUCCGCCUGGCCUACCUGCUCAGCCCGCUGGCCUGCCUGCUCCUGUGCUUCUGCGGGACUCUGCAGCGGAUGGUGAAGGGGCUGCCCCAGAGGCCGGUCCUGACCCGGAACUACAGGGCGCCCCUCAGCGCCAAGGUCUUCUCCUCCUGGGACUUCUGCAUCCGCGUGUGGGAGGCCGCCGCCAUCAAGAAGCAUGAGAUCAGCAACGAGUUCAAGGUGGAGCUGGAGGAGGGCCACAGCUUCCUGCUGGCGCAGCAGCAGUCGCGGGCACAGAGGGCCGUCCGCCUGCUCACCCACGUGCGCGUCAACCUCCUCUUUGGGCUCCUGGUGGUCGGGGCCAUCAGCACCAUCUUCUGGGCCACCAAGUACUCGCAGGACAACAAGGAGGAACCCCUGUUUGUGCUGCUCCAGUACCUGCCCCCCGGAGUCAUGGCCCUGGUCAACUUCCUGGGGCCACAGCUGUUUGUGUCCCUGGCCCAGCUGGAGAACUUCCCUCCCAACACGGAGGUCAACCUCACCCUCAUCUGGUGCGUGGUGCUGAAGCUGGCCAGCCUGGGCAUGUUCUCCUUCUCCCUGGGUCAGACCGUGCUGUGCGUCGGCGGAAACCGGACCGGCUGCGCGGCUCGCGGCUACAACGCCUGCGACUACCAGUGCUGGGAGAACUCGGUGGGCGAGGAGCUGUACAAGCUGCUGCUCUUCAACUUCCUGCUCACCGCGGCCUUCGCCUUCCUGGUCAGCCUGCCCCGCAGGCUGCUGGUGGAGCGCCUCUCCGGCCGCUUCUGGGCCUGGCUGGGCCGGGAGGAGUUCCUGGUGCCCAAGAACGUGCUGGACAUCGUGGCCGGGCAGACGGUCACCUGGAUGGGCCUCUUCUACUGCCCGCUGCUGCCUCUGCUCAACAGCGUCUUCAUCUUCCUCACCUUCUACAUCAAGAAGUACACGCUGCUGAGGAACUCCAGGGCCCCGCGACGGCUGUUCCGCGCCUCCAGCACCACCUUCUUCUUCCAGCUGGUGCUGCUCCUGGGCCUGCUGCUGGCCGCCGCGCCGCUGGGCUACGUGGUCAGCAGCGUCCACUCCUCCUGGGACUGCGGCCUCUUCACCAACUACUCGGCCCCCUGGCAGGUGGUCCCCGAGCUGGUGGCCCUGCGGCUGCCGCCCCUCGGCCAGCGCGCCCUCGGCUACCUCAGCUCCCACGCCUUCGGCUUCCCCCUCCUUAUCCUGCUCAGCAUCGCCCUCACCGUGUGCGUGUCCCAGGCCCGGGCCAACGCGAGGGCCAUCCACACGCUCCGGAAGCAGCUGGUGCGGGUGCAGGAGAAAUGGCACCUGGUGGAGGACCUGUCGCGACUGCUGCCGGAGCCAAGCCCGAACGAGGCUCCGGGCCCCGAGUCCCCUCUCUCCAGAGCUUCGCGCCCACGGUCCUUCCGCCCAGGAUUUCCGUGCCCAGGCUCCCCCGGUCCCAGCCCCCCUGGACCUGAGCCGGUCCAUAGAUUCCGCUUCCCCAGCAGCAGGGAGCUGUGGCACCGACCCUCGCCCCCACCCCAGGGCCCCGUUUAGCCUCCUUCGCCCGCGCUGCGGGCCCCUGCUGACCACGGCGCUGCCCCGGGACAGCAAGAAGCACAUGUGGCCGCCUGUCUCAUUCCUCCAGCGUCUGUGUUUGGGCGUUGUCUCAGCUACCUAACACCUCAGUCUAGUGACCCAUGAAGGUGGCUUCUAAAUGUCCACCUGCAGGGGGUGCUGGGAAAUUGUCCGUUUGCAGACCUCUCCUGGUUGCGGGGGCUGGCCCCCAGGACAGCAAAGCUGAGGCCUCACUCUGUGCUAUGACUGCCUGUCGCCCCCCAAUCCUCUCUCGGGCCAGCAGUUGCACCCACGAGCAGGAAGGCAAGGGGUGAGCAAGGCGCCAAGCUGGGGCCUGAACCCGGGCGGGGACUCUGGAGCCACCGUGCACAGUGAGCCCCGAGGGCCAUCCCUGCCCCGGGCAGGGGUCGGGUCAGGAUCUCUCAGCACCCCGUAGGCUCCCCCGCAGCCCCCUGGCCCCAGCUGAGCUGACCAUGAGAGUCAGAGCCUUGGUCACUGCGUGGGCUGUGCAGGGAGCGACACAGCCGUCCAGGACACAGGCAGGGCCGGGGUCCCACCAGGCCCCCACCCCAGCUGUCGCAGCCCCUGCCUGGUUCACCUCUCAGGAGCUGGCCCCACCCCAACGGCUCUGAUGUCAUCUGGGCUCCUGAAGGCUCCCGGGUGACACAGGUGGCCGGGGCUGAGAACCCUGAGGAAGGAGGAGCCCAGGAAACCCCGGGGCGUGCGUCAGAACCCCAGCUCCGGGCGUCCCAUCACGGGGCUCCGCGCCUCCCAUCACGGGGCUCUGGGCCUCUUCGCAUGAUCCCUAAGGCCUCGGCCAGUUCGGCCCCUCCGGGCUCUGUCCUCACCCUGCUUCCCCUCCCCCCGCCGCCCAUUAGCAAACACGCUGGGUGCUGCUGAAUGCCGGGGCUUGUUCUGCGGCUGCCAGGAAACAGACGGGGCUCUGUGUGCAUUCUGGGGAGGGUGACAGGCGUGGCCCGGAUGAAGGGGAGGCGCAUGCGUGUUGCUGAUUAGCGGCUGGAGGCCGGAAUCUGGCCCCUGGAACCAGUAGGGUCAGAAUCACCCAGGAGCAGGCUACGAAUGCAGGUUGGCAGGCCUGUGAGUGAGGCCUCCGCCUGCGAUGCCUGCGCAUUCCAGUCCCGGCUGCUCCACUUCCGAUCCAGCUCCCUGCUAACGCGCCUGGGGAAGCAGCGGACGAUGCCCAAGCACUGCACCCACGUGGGAGACCCAGAGGAAGCUCCUGGCUUGGGCCUGGCCCAGCUCCAGCUAUUGUAACUUUGGGGGACAUCUCUCUGUGUCAAUCUUCCUUUGAAAUAAAUGUAUUU